GCGGGACGGCGCUCCUGGCGGCCGCGCACCGAGCGCGCCGCGCGCCGAGCGCCGAGCUCCGGGGCCAUGGACGAAGCGCGGCCGCUGUGGGCCACCCCGCUGCAGUUCGUGUUCGCCUGCAUCUCGUACGCCGUGGGGCUGGGCAACGUGUGGCGCUUCCCCUACCUGUGCCAGAUGUACGGCGGAGGUAGUUUCCUGGUGCCCUACAUCAUCAUGCUCACCGUGGAGGGCAUGCCGCUCCUGUACCUGGAACUGGCAGUGGGGCAGCGCAUGCGCCAGGGCAGCAUCGGCGCCUGGAGGACCAUCAACCCCUACCUCAGUGGCGUUGGCGUGGCCAGUGUGGUGGUGUCCUUCUUCCUCUCCAUGUACUACAAUGUCAUCAACGCCUGGGCCUUCUGGUACCUCUUCCACUCCUUCCAGGAUCCCCUGCCGUGGUCCGUGUGCCCACUGAAUGGCAACCGUACGGGCUAUGAUGAGGAGUGUGAGAAGGCUUCCUCAACGCAGUACUUCUGGUACCGGAAAACCCUCAACAUCUCGCCGUCCAUCCAGGAGAGCGGGGCGGUGCAGUGGGAGCCGGCGCUGUGCCUCAUCCUGGCCUGGCUCCUGGUGUACUUGUGUAUCCUGCGGGGCACGGAGUCCACCGGCAAGGUGGUGUACUUCACUGCGUUGCUGCCCUACUGCGUGCUCAUCGUCUACCUGGUCAGGGGCCUCACGCUCCACGGAGCCACCAACGGCCUGGCAUACAUGUUCACUCCCAAGAUGGAGCAGCUGGCCAACCCGAAGGCCUGGAUCAACGCAGCCACCCAGAUCUUCUUCUCGCUCGGCUUGGGGUUCGGCAGCCUCAUCGCCUUCGCCAGCUACAACGAGCCCUCCAACAACUGCCAAAAGCACGCCGUCAUCGUGUCCAUCAUCAACAGUUCCACCUCCAUCUUUGCCAGCGUUGUCACCUUCUCCAUCUAUGGCUUCAAGGCCACCUUCAACUACGAAAGCUGCUUGAACAAGGUGAUUCUGCUGCUGACCAAUUCUUUUGACCUUGAAGAUGGCUUUUUGACAGUUAGCAACCUGGAGGAGGUGAAAAGUUACCUGGCGUCUGCCUACCCCAGCAAGUACAGCGAGGUGUUCCCACAGAUUAAAAACUGCAGCUUGGAAUCGGAGCUGGAAACGGCCGUCCAGGGCACCGGCCUGGCCUUCAUCGUCUACACAGAGGCCAUUAAAAACAUGGAGGUGUCCCAGCUGUGGUCGGUGCUCUACUUCUUCAUGCUGCUGAUGCUGGGCAUUGGAAGCAUGCUGGGGAACACGGCCGCCAUCCUCACCCCUCUGACCGACAGCAAGGUCAUCUCCAGCUACCUGCCCAAGGAGGCAAUCUCAGGUCUGGUGUGCCUCGUCAGCUGUGCCAUCGGCUUGGUGUUCACCAUGGAGGCCGGCAACUACUGGUUCGACAUCUUCAAUGACUACGCUGCCACGCUGCCCCUGCUGCUCAUUGUCCUGGUGGAGGCGGCCGCCGUGUGCUACCUGUACGGACUGAGGAGAUUCGAAAGCGACCUUAAGGCUAUGACUGGACACGCUCUGAACUGGUACUGGAAGGCCAUGUGGGGCGGUGUGAGCCCGCUGCUCAUCAUCAGCCUCUUUGUCUUCUACCUGAGUGACUACAUCAUCACAGGGACCCUGCAGUACCAAGCCUGGGACGCCUCCCAGGGCCAGCUUGUGACCAAGGACUACCCCCCGUAUGCACUGGCCAUCAUUGGGCUGCUCGUGGCCUCCUCUACCAUGUGCAUCCCCCUGGGGGCCCUGGGGACUUUCAUCGUGCGCCACCUCAAGCGGAGAGACACAGCCUCCGUGGCCUGAGAGCUGGGCUUCCCCGAGACUGCCGUCAGCCGCUAUCUUACAGCCACUUACGUACAGAUGGAGCCGCCUCGGCUGCUUUUGGAAAUAUUGACUCCGGAAGCACUCAGCCCAUCGUUUUCUCGAGUCUAGAAAGGAUUAGGAAGGUGAAAAGAAAGACUACUCCCUCAGCAGGACACACACCCCACCCGCCACCCCCAGAGUCACACACGGUGCUUCCUCCCUGUCACCACGGAGGCAGAAUUCUCACAGCCAGUCUUGAAGACAACUGCUCGACUCUAGCAAAGUCCUAGAAGUAGGGCACACCGGGAGCUGAAAUUUGACUACUGUUUUUAUGGGAUAAAAUUUAAGGAAUGUUUUCUGGUGAGA